AUGGUCAAAGGUUCAGGAAUAAUUGAAAAAAAUAGACUAAGCUUUCAGUCUUAUAAAAAUCUAAGCAAUAGUCUAAAAAAGGAACACUUUGAAGGAUUUUCAAAUGUGAAAAAAUUAAUUUUAUCCCAUAACGGUUUAACUAAUAUAUCAUCUGAUUUCUUUAGAAAUUUUCCUAAUUUGAGAUUACUUGAUUUGUCUGAAAAUUAUCUAGUUUUAAGCAAAGAUACUUUUAAUGAAACUUGGAAUCUUGAUAAACUUCUUCCAUUAGAAUUGUUUCAAAAUAAUAAAAAAUUGAAAAGAGUAUCAUUUACCAAUAAUAAAGCAUUAUUACCAACAUUGACGGGUGAUCUUUUAACCGAUCUAGAAAAUCUUGAAAUAAUACAUUUAGAAGGAAAUAGAUUUAGGAGUCUACCAGAAAAUCUUUUCUGGGGUUCAACAUCAUUAAAAUACAUCGAUUUAAAUGAGAAUUCUCUUGAAGAAUUACCCGAAUUAAUAUUCUUUGAGCUAAUAGAAAUUGAAUAUCUCUUAUUAAGUCGCAAUCUGAUUAAGAUGCUUCCCGAUGAAAUUUUUAAAUAUCUGAAAUAUUUAGAAGUACUCGACUUGUCUUAUAAUCGUAUCGUUUACGUUCAAAGAAUUCUAUUAGAAGGUUUGACAUCGUUAAGAGAACUUAACAUGGAAGGAAAUAGAUUGAUAUAUAUUCAUAGUGAAGCAUUUGCGGAUGACUUUGUUUUUACGUCGAACAAUUUUGUAGCUGAUCUAAGGCAUAACAAUAUAAAAAAAUUUUUACUAACGAAUAUCGAAGAGUUGGCAAUAUAUAUUACUGAAAAACGUCAUGUCAUUGUUCACGUUGAAAAUAACCCAUUAUCAUGCGAUUGCAGUUUAUAUGACGUUGUGCGUUAUUUGAACGAUGAUAUGCCUAUUACUGUUUAUAAUUUCUUAGAAAUUACAUUGGGAAACUUAAAGUGUGUGAAACCUAAUGGAAUACUAGGGCCGAGAAUUAGAAAGUUGGAUUUUAAAAAAUACCCAUGUCCCGAGGAUGAAUUCUUUAAAAUUGACAAAAAGUGUCAAACUAUGUGUAUCUGUACUAUACGACCAUUACCAAAAACUAUCCAAGUAUUAGAAUUACAUAAUAAUCGUCUAUCAAGAAUGAGUCCCAGAGUGAGUGAAUUUUUGCUUAAUCAAAAUUACAAAGAAUUAACUUUGAGCGGGAAUCCAUUUAUAUGUGAUUGCAAUGCUAAAUUUUUAUAUGCAAUUGUUUUGAAAAAGCAAGAUACUUAUAAAGAUCUAAAAAAUGUAAAAUGUAAGGGCCAGAAUAUUACUUUAGUUGAUAUGACUAUUAAGCAAUUGUGUCCAUCCAAUGUUUCACCUGAAAAAAUCAUCAAAACUGUGGAAUAA